UUGUGACUUGCGAGGGUUAUCAAAAGCUGCAAAAGCAAAAGUCUCGACACGUAGAAUGUCCCACUCGCCAUCCCGACGUGGCACAAAUUCAUUGGCCAUCACUCAUCAGUAAAUAAAGGGCCGGUCUAGAUUUGCAUCUUUAUGGGUCCCAGGAGUUCCACUUCCACACAAAGGUCCAUGAUAUAUACCCUGUCCAUCUACUUAUCCGUAACCAAGAACUUCUGAAACUGCCAGUUCGCAUUCUAUUCAAAAUGGGAGCUCUUCCAUUCCAAACCUUUUCUCAUUUCCCAUGUGCUGCUUCCAUAUCUCCAAGCUGUAUAGAGAGUGAACAACCCAAGAAUGCUUUGGCUAAAAAUGUGCAUGACAGAUUUCCCUCACUAACUGUGAAAAGAUUGCCAAGAAGGCUGCUUUUGCAGUUUAUGGGGUUCAACCCCAUCCUAUUAUGUGUUUAUCCUGGUAUUGCUGCACCAAUGCCAGAGACGAAGGAACCUGAAGUUAUUCGGACCUUCAAGCUAGCCAGUGGCGUGAAAAUUCAAGAGAUUGUUGAAGGGGAAGGACCCGAAGCCCGUGAAGGAGAUCUAGUUGAAGUUAAUUAUGUAUGCAGACGUACAAAUGGCUAUUUUGUUCACAGUACUGUGGAUCAAUUCAAUGGAGAAAGCAAACCAAUUACACUUCCUUUGGAUGAGAAUCAGAUUAUAAAGGGCUUGGAGGAGGUUCUGAUUGGCAUGAGGGUAGGAGGAAAAAGAAGAGCUUUGAUACCUCCUUCUUUGGGAUACAUUAAUGAAAACCUGAAGCCAAUUCCUGAAGAGUUUGGUCCUCGACGCAGCCUUCUGUCCCAUGCAAAUGAGCCUUUGGUAUUUGAGGUCCAGCUCCUGAAAGUAACAUGAGUUCUUUUUGGAUACUAUGUUCAAUUCUUUUGUGAAGAUUCAAUUUUCUUUCGGGGAGGCAGCACUGAAGCUUUUUAGCUCCUUAUUAUUUUAUUUGGAUCUUCCAAGCCGUCGAACAUUUGUCAUCUCAAAUGGGGAAUUUAGUUGAUCGUUGUUGAAGAAUAGAUUCAAGCAAUGUGCCAAUUUA